GGAUGCGAACAAACUAUGGUUGCGUUACACCAGGGGUCUGCAAACUUGGCUCUUUUAAGGCUUGUGGACUUGAACUCCCAGAGUUCCUCGGCCAGCAAAGCUCUGGGAGUUGAAGCCUUAAAAGAGCCAAGUUUGCAGACCCCUGCGUUAGACCUUCCUACUUUCCUCUCCGCUCGAAUUCAUGGAUUUCCUGCGCUGCGAGAUCCAACAGACCAUCAAGUAGAGCAAAGAGAAGAAACCAAAACUGAUGUUCCAAAGCCUUGUUUCAUGGAUGAAAAAGUUCAGAACUUGCUCUCCAAGAUGACAGGGAUGGAUUUGCAGAAGAUUUUCAAGGCAAGAAAACAAGAGCGUAAGCCUCCUGUAUACAAGGUCAUGACAGAAUCCCAACUGGAAGAGGCUUCAGAACAAGCUUUUAAGAAGGCUAAAGAGUAUCUCAAAAUGCCUCCUGUACUAAAUGAACGGGAACCAAUUGAUGAUGUAUUAGCUGAGGACAAGAUAAUUGAUGGAACUGAGCCCUAUAAAUAUGUAUUUACUGAUUUAACAUAUGACAUCCCACACAGUGAGCGAUUCAUUGUAGUUCGAGAAACAAACGGAGUAUUACGCAAGGCUACUUGGGAGGAAAGGGACAGGAUGAUACAAAUCUACUUUCCAAAACAAGGCCGUAAAAUUGUUCCUUCAUCUAUAUUUAGCAAUAAAGAUUGUGCAAUGACUAUGUUUCUUCAGGACCGUCAUGAAGAAUUCCUUGAUCGCUGCCUUCUGCAGUUUGAGCCAGAUUCAGCUGACUAUAUCAGAAUUCAUCAUGAGACAUAUGAGGAUAUUGAUAAAUAUGGAAAAUAUGAUCUGCUGCGUUCAACAAAAUAUUUUGGUGGGAUGGUCUGGUACUUUGUAAAUAGGAAGAAAACAGAAGGAUUGCUGCUGGACAUGAUCCAAAGAAAUUUGUUUGAAGAUGCUGUAAGUUUAAUUACACUUUACCAUAUGGUCCAUCCUCAUUGUGAAUCAGCAAGAGAGGCACAAGAACAAGAUAUCCAAGGGAUAGAUUUAAUUAAGGCAUUUGCAAAGGCAGAAACAACAAGAGCCAGCUACAUUGAACUUGUCCUACAGGCUUAUCAAGAACUUUUGCUUAAGUCUGCAGCUUCACAAAGUGACUAGAUCAAUAAAAUCAUUUAAUGUCAAACGUAUGGGAAAG